UACCGUUUCUGCAAAGAGUUUAUUUAUUGAGUUAAUAGAUAGCUCGCGCGAAAAGCUGCUCACUCUAGAAAUUUUUGAAGUUUGCAAACAUUUUUUAAAAGAUAUGGAUACAGGUGCAAAGAUUAUGAAAGAAGAAGAAGAUGAAACAGAAAUAGUCUCUGAAGACGAAACCUCAGAUGAGGAAGAAAAAAAAUCUCUACCACCUGCAGUUGUUAUUAACAAAGAAAUGAGUGUCAAUAAGGAAUAUAAUGAAAAAAUGGAAAAAGACAGAGCAACUCGUUUCAAUUAUCUUCUUAAACAGACAGAAAUAUUUGCCCAUUUUCUUAAUACUGGAAAGAAACCUCCAAAAAGUCCAUUGAAAAUUAAAAAAUCAGAUUUUCCAACAAGUCCUCCUGGAGUUACAUCAGUCUCGACUGCUAAUGAUCAUCGUCAUCGAAAAACCGAAAAAGAAGAAGAUGAUGAACUGUUAGAAAAUUCAAAACAGUCUGAUGCCCAUAUUGUACAGUUUAGUUCUUCUCCAACUUAUGUAAAGAAUGGUAAUAUGAGAGAUUAUCAAAUUCGAGGGUUAAACUGGAUGAUUUCAUUGUACGAGAAUGGUAUAAAUGGUAUCCUUGCUGAUGAAAUGGGCUUGGGUAAAACAUUGCAAACGAUAUCUUUAAUUGGCUAUAUGAAGCAUCAUCGAAAUAAUUCAGGACCACAUAUUGUAAUUGUACCGAAAUCUACUUUAGCCAAUUGGAUGGCAGAAUUUCAGAGGUGGUGUCCAACUAUUCGUGCUGUUUGUCUUAUUGGCAAUCAAGAACAAAGAGCAGCUUUUAUUAGAGAAACUUUGCUUCCUGGUGAAUGGGAUGUUCUAAUCACUUCUUAUGAAAUGUGCAUUCGAGAAAAAGCUGUGCUUAAAAAAUUUGCAUGGAGAUUUUUGGCUAUAGAUGAAGCUCAUCGAAUAAAAAAUGAAAAAUCUUUGCUUUCACAAAUUGUGCGUGAAUUUAAAUCAUCUAAUAGGCUUCUUUUGACAGGAACUCCGUUACAAAACAAUUUACAUGAACUUUGGGCUUUACUUAAUUUUUUACUACCUGAUGUAUUUAAUUCUGCUGAGGACUUUGAUUCUUGGUUUAAUGCUGAAAGCAUCACAGAAGAAGAUCAGUUAGUGAAGCGUUUACACGAAGUUUUACGUCCUUUCCUUCUAAGAAGGUUGAAGAGUGAAGUUGAAAAAACUUUGCUUCCUAAAAAAGAAACAAAAAUAUAUGUUGGUCUAAGUGUUAUGCAACGUCAAUGGUACACCAAGCUAUUGAUGAAAGAUAUUGAUAUUGUCAAUGGGGCAGGAAAAGUAGAUAGAAUGCGUCUUCUUAAUAUUUUAAUGCAGCUUAGAAAAUGUUGCAACCACCCAUAUUUGUUUGAUGGGGCAGAACCAGGUCCACCAUAUACUACUGAUCAGCAUUUGGUUGACAACUGUGGGAAAAUGAUAGUGUUGGAUAUGUUAUUAAAAAAAUUAAAAGACUCUGGCUCUCGAGUUUUGAUAUUCAGCCAAAUGACACGUGUGUUGGAUAUAUUAGAAGAUUAUGCAAUGUGGCGAGGAUAUCAAUACUGUCGUCUUGAUGGACAAACACCACAUGAGCUUAGAACAGCUCAAAUUAAUGAAUUUAAUGCCCCUGGUAGUGACAAGUUUUUAUUCAUGCUUAGUACUCGUGCAGGUGGACUUGGUAUUAAUUUAGCAACUGCUGAUGUUGUGAUUAUGUAUGAUAACGAUUGGAAUCCCCAAGUUGACUUGCAAGCACAGGAUAGAGCUCAUCGUAUUGGUCAAACAAAGCAAGUCCAUGUAUUUAAGUUUAUUACUGAGAAUACUAUAGAAGAAAGAAUUAUAGAGCGUGCUGAGAUAAAAUUGCGUUUAGAUGCAGUGGUUAUUCAACAAGGAAGACUUGUUGAUGCCUCUGCAAAAAUUCAAAAGGAUGAUAUUUUGAAUAUGAUUAGACAUGGCGCUGAUAAAGUAUUUGCUGGUAAAGAUGCAACAAUUUCAUCUGAAGAUAUUGAUGCAAUAUUAGAGCGUGGUCAAAAAAAAACUGACGAGAUAGCUAAGAAAAUGCUUGAGUUGGGAGAAAACCAACUUCAGAAAUUUACAAUGGACACUUCAGAAAGUAUAUACCAGUUUGAAGGGCAAGACUUUCGUGAAACACAUGAUAAACCUGGUUCCUUGAGUCAUUGGAUUGAGCCUCCAAAGCGUGAGCGCAAAGCAAAUUAUGCUGUUGAUACAUAUUUUAAAGAGCUAAUGCGUGUAAAUGAACCAAAAGCUCCAAAAGCUCCACGCCCUCCGAAACAGCCUAAUGUUCAAGAUUUUCAAUUUUUUCCACCGAGGCUCUUUGAACUACUUGAUGUGGAAAUCUAUAGCUAUCGGAAAUCUAUAGGCUAUAAAGUUCUUCGUGACUAUGAUCUUCCUGAUGAUGAAGCAAAGCGUUUACAAAAAGAAGAGCAAAGUAAAAUUGAUAAUGCUUUGCCAUUAUCAGAAGAAGAAAGCAUAGAAAAAGACGAACUUCUUACACAAGGUUUUGUCAAUUGGAACAAACGAGAUUUUAAUCAGUUCAUAAAAGCAUGCGAAAAAUAUGGGCGAGAUGAUAUUAAUCAAAUAUGCAAAGAAGUAGAAGGGAAAACGCCUGAAGAGGUGAAAGAAUAUGCAUCUGUUUUUUGGGAACGUUGUAAUGAACUGACAGAUAUUGAUAAAAUCAUGUCACAGAUAGAAAGAGGGGAGGCUAAAAUACAACGAAGAAUUAGUAUUAAGGAAGCCAUGGAAGCAAAGAUGGCAAGAUACAAAUCACCUUUUCAUCAAUUAAGAAUACAAUACGGAACAAAUAAAGGCAAAAAUUACACAGAAGAAGAAGAUAGAUUUUUAGUUUGCAUGAUACACAAAUUAGGUUUUGAAAAAGAGAAUGUAUACGAGGAGUUACGUCAAGCUGUACGAAAUGCACCACAGUUCAGAUUUGAUUGGUUUAUAAAGUCAAGGACAGCUGUUGAGCUACAGCGUCGCUGUAAUACACUGAUAACACUUAUUGAGCGGGAAAAUCAAGAAAUAGAAGAAAAAGAAAAGAGAGAAAAAAAGAAAGGACCAAAACCAGGACUACCAAGGGGACCUAGCCAAAAACGUAAAAGUGAAACUCCUGUUUCAAAACCUGCUAAAAAAGUGAAAAAAUAAAUUAAUAGAGGGUUGAAUUUUCUUGAUUUCAUUGUAUAUUUUCUGUUUUAAAACAAAGUUUCUUCUUGCUAUCAAACGCAAACAUCUAUUUAUGGGCAACAGUUGUUAUUAUAUUAUCGAUUUUAUAUUGUGGAUAUUACAACUUAUUUUAUCA